GGGGAGGAUGUGGGCUUACACUGUGGGCUUCACUGUCCUGCCUCACCUCGGAGGCUUCCUGGGCUGGUUCAUGAGCCGCAGAGAAAUCCCUGCCUGGUACCAGAGGCUGAAGAAACCUUCCUGGUGUCCACCCCCCAGGGUGUUCCCUCUAGCCUGGGCUGUCCUCUACACUGGCAUGGGCUAUGCCUCCUACCUGAUCUGGAACGACCUGGGAGGCUGUGGCAGCAAAGCCAUCGUCCCUCUUGGCCUCUAUGGGGCUCAGCUGGCCCUGAACUGGGCCUGGCCUCCCUUGUUCUUCAGAGCACACAGCCUGAAGCUGGCCCUGCUGGACAUCCUGUGCCUGGACUGCCUGGCCAUCGGCACCGCCUGCUCCUGGUACCGCAUCAACAAGGCGGCAGCGCUGCUGCUGCUGCCCUACCUCUGCUGGCUGGGCCUGGCCUCCUGCCUGACCAUUCGCCUCUGGAAGGACAACCCCCAGCAGCCACCCCCCAAGAGUGAGUGA